AGGCGGCUGGCUGGUGCUGGGCGGGCGGGCCCCGGAAUUGUCAUUUCUUUGUUUCCGAAGGCGGAGGAGGCUUUGAGCCCCCCCUCACCGUGCCACCCCCUCCCCCCCGGGUGCUGGCUCCAUGUCUGUGUGACCGGCCCCAGGGGUAGAGUCCAGGCCCGACGCGGGGCGGGCCGGCGGCGGCGGCGGCUGAGGUGAGAGGCGGCGGUGCGGGCACCGGCCCCCCAGCGGGAGGAUGAAGCGGCGGAACGCAGACUGCAGUAAGCUCCGCCGCCCCCUAAAGCGGAACCGGAUCACUGAGGGCAUCUAUGGCAGCACAUUUUUAUACCUGAAAUUCCUGGUAGUGUGGGCACUUGUCCUCCUGGCAGAUUUUGUUCUGGAGUUCAGAUUUGAAUACCUGUGGCCAUUCUGGCUAUUCCUCAGAAGCGUCUUUGAUUCCUUCAGAUAUCAGGGACUGGCCUUCUCAGUAUUUUUCGUUUGUGUAGCGUUUACAUCAAAUAUAAUAUGUCUGCUCUUCAUUCCCAUACAAUGGCUUUUUUUCGCUGCUAGCACAUAUGUGUGGGUUCAGUACGUGUGGCACACAGAAAGGGGAGUGUGUUUGCCUACAGUGUCCCUCUGGAUUCUCUUUGUUUAUAUUGAAGCAGCAAUUAGAUUUAAAGAUCUCAAAAAUUUCCAUGUAGACCUUUGUCGUCCAUUUGCUGCUCACUGUAUUGGUUACCCUGUGGUGACUUUGGGCUUUGGCUUCAAAAGUUAUGUGAGCUACAAAAUGCGAUUAAGGAAGCAAAAGGAAGUGCAAAAGGAGAACGAAUUUUAUAUGCAACUUCUUCAACAGGCCCUCCCUCCAGAGCAGCAGAUGCUACAAAAGCAAGAAAAAGAGGCCGAGGAAGCAGCCAAAGGAUUACCUGAUAUGGAGUCCUCAAUUCUUAUACACCACAACGGAGGCAUCCCAGCCAACAAAAAACUGUCCACAACUUUGCCAGAGAUAGAGUAUCGAGAAAAAGGGAAAGAAAAGGACAAGGAUGCCAAAAAACACAACCUUGGGAUAAAUAACAACAAUAUUCUACAACCUGUAGACUCUAAAAUACAAGAAAUUGAGUAUAUGGAAAACCAUAUCAAUAGUAAAAGAUUAAAUAAUGAUCUUGUGGGAAGUACAGAAAAUCUCUUAAAAGAGGACUCAUGCACUGCUUCCUCAAAAAAUUACAAAAAUGCCAGUGGAGUUGUGAACUCCUCUCCUCGAAGUCAUAGUGCUACAAAUGGGAGCAUUCCUUCCUCAUCUAGUAAAAAUGAGAAGAAGCAGAAGUGCACUAGCAAGAGCCCAAGUACACACAAAGACUUAAUGGAAAACUGUAUUCCUAAUAACCAGCUAAGCAAACCAGAUGCACUGGUAAGGCUGGAACAAGACAUUAAAAAGUUGAAGGCUGACCUGCAAGCCAGCAGGCAGGUGGAACAAGAGCUCCGCAGUCAGAUCAGCUCCCUCUCAAGCACUGAACGAGGGAUCCGCUCAGAAAUGGGCCAGCUCCGGCAAGAGAACGAGCUGCUGCAAAACAAGUUACAUAAUGCUGUCCAAAUGAAACAAAAAGACAAGCAGAAUAUCAGCCAGUUGGAAAAAAAGCUAAAAGCUGAGCAGGAAGCCCGAAGUUUUGUAGAAAAACAGUUAAUGGAAGAGAAAAAAAGGAAGAAGUUAGAAGAAGCCACUGCUGCCCGGGCUGUUGCAUUUGCUGCUGCAUCUAGGGGAGAGUGCACCGAAACCUUACGGAAUCGGAUCAGAGAGCUGGAAGCAGAGGGCAAGAAGCUCACAAUGGACAUGAAGGUGAAAGAGGACCAGAUCAGAGAGCUGGAGCUGAAGGUCCAGGAGCUUCGGAAGUAUAAAGAAAAUGAGAAAGACACCGAGGUGUUAAUGUCAGCUCUCUCCGCCAUGCAAGACAAAACACAGCACCUGGAGAACAGCCUAAGCGCAGAGACAAGAAUCAAACUGGACCUGUUCUCCGCACUGGGAGACGCAAAGCGGCAGCUGGAGAUUGCCCAGGGGCAAGUCCUUCAGAAAGACCAGGAAAUCAAGGACCUAAAACAGAAGAUAGCCGAAGUCAUGGCCGUCAUGCCCAGCAUAACGUACAGUGCUGCCACCAGCCCCCUGAGCCCUGUUUCUCCCCACUACUCUUCCAAAUUUGUGGAGACCAGCCCCUCUGGACUUGAUCCCAAUGCCUCUGUCUACCAGCCCUUGAAGAAAUGAAGUCCAGCUCUGAGAUUGCCCAUUUGGUUACUAGAAGGCCUCCAAAAACAGCAUCUUUGGCAGUCAAGAUAAAAAAAAAGUUUAUAUUGUAUUUUGUGGAACUGUAUAUGUUGUCAUUUUUUAAAAGGGGGGGAGAUAACAUCCAAGUCUGAUUAGAACUGCCCAUCAGUUGUCUUGUAAAUUUUUAGACGACCUCACAGAACUUUGAAGUUUAUUUUUUUUGGCCAACACAUUAAAACCAUUCUUGGAUUUCAAGUAGCCAGUUUUGCCUUUUAUGUAUUCUUACAUAGUUUCCUCUUAGAGAAAGAAAAAAGCAUAGUUUUUGUUUUUCAGCCCUUUGUUUUGUUUUGUUCUUAAAUAAGGAAGCAAAAGCUGCACAUUGGAUUCACAUGGGAUGAUAAGGAAGCUUAGUUUUUAGAGUGAAAGGGUUAACCUCACACAGCUUCGAUCUCAUAGCUGCAUUAAAGAUGAUUACCGAUUUUACAGAAAACAAAAUCCGCCCCUCCAAGGACCAAGCAGAUUCAAGGAGCAUUAUUUAAGUUGAAGAGAGACUUAAGUGAUAAGACUAGCUGUAAAAUGUACUGGGGGUUGUGUUUGAAAUACUUCUGUUCCCACAGGUGUGUUUAGUCCUAGCAAAUGGCGAGUAGCAGUCUUCUUCGCAGUGCCUUGGGAAAAGACAUUUCAAGAGGAAACUUGGUCAUUUUAAACUAUUUCCCCCUUUUCCAUCAUCUGUCUUCAAUCUGUAUCAAGCUCACUGCGGAUCCUGCUGUACAGCUGGUGGGAAACUGGGCUGUUCCUUACCACCAUGCCACCUCUUCAUUACUUCUCCAGAAAACUUCACUGUGUUCCAUGCUUGCCGCCAGUCAAGUACCUUGAGGAGGCUGCUGGGUGGUGUUGUAUAUGAGAGACUGUAAUGGUGUCUGGUAAAAGUUGUGGUCGAGCUUUUUUUUUUUUUCUUUCCUCCCCUCAUUUCAUUUAACUGUGCUUUCUUCACCUUUCAUCAUCUUGGGUGUGACGAUUUAAAAGAGGGGUGACUAUUCCUCAGCUCUUAUGCCAAUGAGGGUUGUUUUUCUUUCUCUUUUUUUUUUUUUUAAGAUUUUUAAACUCAAAACUCUGCACAAAGAUGUUGAUUUCAACUGUGUAUUAUACAUUGGUAGAAAAGUGUUUGCACAGACAACUUUUGGAAGUGUUUAAGAAUCAGGGUGGGGUGGGGGGAGGGAUGGGAGAGAGGGGCAAAGCAACAUUGUAUUUGGAAACCAGGAAAAAAUUAAGAAACCAAAUAAAUUGGUUUUGCUUCCUUGCCACGGGAUCUGGAAGGACAUAGUUCUAAAAUAUCCUGUUAAUUGGCAUGUAUGUCUCAUUUAAAGCAAAUUUAGACAAGUCAGUAAAAUAGAAGUAUUAAAGAGAACCAUCCUUUUAGUCACAGGCCUUGUGUUGGGAUUAAAAACAAGCUGUAGCUUUAGCCAGGAGUGCAUGCUGCUGCCAUUUGCCUUUCUGAAUCAUCUUGUGUGAUUGUCACCACGAAAGUGUUACUCAGAAUUGUCAUAGACUUUUUUCAUCUUUGUGCAAAAACAUGGAAAAUUGUCACUGACUUUGUGUUGAGGUUACCUCCAUUUUGCUGCCUUUGGGACACUAUUUUCGUUAAAUACUUGGUCUUGGCUGCAUUCUUUUUCCUCCCACUGUGGGGUUCAAAAGAAUAAACAUUUUCUUACUGAUAAAA